UUUAGAGUAUUUUAGUUAUUUUAAUAAAAAUUGAAAAAUGUCGAAUUUUUCUCUCUCUAAUCAUCGUAAAAGUCAGUUUGCACCAUUAAAAACUUUGAAAAAGGCACCAAUUGUUUCUAGACCAACAUCAGACCAGAAAAAUAUGCUUAAGCCCAAACUGGAAGAAGCAGCUGCUAAGAUCAGAGAAAAAUGAGACAUCUUUCUUUCAAGCAAAGAGCUGUUGUAUCCACAGAAGAUUCAUGAGUGACUAGAUCCAAGCGGUCCUAAAGUCAUAAGUUUCCAACCGCCCAUUCAAUAUCGGGGAGCUUCACUAGGAAAGAUUUUGCAACAACAACGGAAUAGCUGAGACUGCAGUCAAGGUAAUCUCUGAAAUCUCAGAGUAACUCCUGGAUUGGAUAUUGAAAAGAACAAAGGGAUCGUGAAACUAAAUAACUACAUCAAUAAAACACGGAACCGUGACAAAAUAGAUAUCAGGAAGAUGAUCCGUAGAUCUGCAGAGAAUUGAAGAUUUCCUGAAUCUAUUCUGUUUAACACAAAGGAGUUUAAGAAUGCUGAGCUCCAGAUUAAACCUAAGUAAAGAUGCUACCUCUGUCCAGACUUCUAUCAAGAAGUCAUAUAAUCGGAAAGCUACCAGGAAACUUAUAGAAGAUCUGAAAAACCGCACUCUCCAAUUGCAAACACCCACUUCGAUCCACUCGCCUCUUGGGCACUCCAAGACCACUUUGACUUCACCCAAAGCUUCUUUAAAGCAAGCUGGGAGUAGCUUUGUCAUCCCUAAAAUAGGCAAGAGAAGUUACAUAAUUACUAAAUCAAAGCGGCGACCACUUAUCAAAGAGACUACGAACAUAUACAGCAGAUUCCUAGCAACUCAGCCAAACUUCAACUUUUCAGUAAAACUCACUCAUAAAGAAACAAGCGACAAAGAUACGGAGGAAAAGAAGGAGCAGAGGAAGAGUGUGCUCAGAGUUGUUGACAAGUUCCUUAAAAUGAAGAAGCUCACUGGUGUAAAAACUAGCCUUAGAAGCUCUGUCUCGCGUAAUGAAAAUCCUUGGAUUAGGAACCCCAAAAAGACGAUAGAUCCAUCUCAGAUCUUUAGAAGAGACUCAAAGACGCAGCACAAUACAAGGUUCACCAGAAUUGGAACUUUCUACAACCACAGCCAAACCUUUACUUAAAUUUACCUCU